AUGGGAUUCGCAUCCAAAAUCGCAGCUAGUCAACCCCCCGGCGGCGGUGGUGUCUACUCAGGAGCUCCUCCAGCUGGGUAUACAGGUGGUCCUCCACCGGCACAAGGCGGAUCUCAGUACCCCGGCCAGCAGCAGUAUCAGGCAUACCAGCCUCCUCAGCCACAAGGAGGGCAGCAACAACCACCGGCCUCAGGUGGCACGGUAGGUCCAUAA